AUGAUAAGUUCCCCCAGCUGUGACGUGACAGAAGGAUUGAGCGGGCUGAGAAGCAAAAGCGUCGACGAAAUCGCAGAAAUCGUUAAAAGGGCCAAGGAAGCGAAGGAAGCCCAGCUAGCAGAUUCAGACAACUUGAAGGAGAAACAAAACCUAAAUGUACUGAAAACCUUUGCAGAGAACCAGGCGCAUUGUUUCAGCAUAUGUAAGGAAAAUUUACACAAUCGAUUUGAGGAGGACUUGCAAAAGUACCAAAACCUACCCCCCCUUUCGUCAUACCUGGAACCGCCCAACAUGGAGGACGCAGACAGGGGGACAAAAAUUUUACUAGCUUAUGGAUCCCAGUACGGCACUGCGUACGACUGCUGCAGAAUCGUUUUGUACGAAUUGUAUCGAAACUUUCACAUUGACUUCCUUUCCCUAAAUGACGUCAAUUUGAUGAGCCUGCACAAGUACGAAAAUGUUAUUAUAAUUGUUAGCACUACAGGGUAUGGCUGCUACACAAAUAACAUGUCUAAAUUUUGGCUAGCUAUGCAUAGGGCUAACGUAAGGUUUGAUGAAGGUACCUAUUUUCAUCUGUUCGGAUUGGGUGAUAGUGCAUAUGAUAAUUAUAACAUAGUUGCGAAGAAAUUAAAAAAAAAAUUAAAAUCGCUCAAUGGAAAUGUUGUAAAUUACAAUUUAGGGAAUUAUCAACAUCCGUCUAUGCAUUUUUCAAACUUUAAUAUUUGGAAGAAUAAUGUCUAUCAAUUUUUGAUGAGCAGGCAUUCCUCGUUUGAGUUAAACGAGGACGUCCCUCAAUUGUACUACAUCAGGAGGGUACAUCAGUUAGCAUCUGAAGCAAAUAUCGAUGAGGAGGGAAAAUAUAACCACCCGAAGGGGGAACAGCAAAUCGAAAGGGAUUCAUCCAAAAGGGGGGAAGACACGCAUAGUAAAUGUAGUAGCGCUCCCCAAAUUGGUGACUUCCAACCGGAUGACCACUUUUGUAAAAUGUUAAAAUUUUCCAAAUUUGAAAUUUUAAAAAAUGAGAGAUACACAGAUAGAUCCUACUUCCAAGAUGUAAGAUGCAUCGACCUGGUGGCACCACCCUCCCUCUCCUUCAAUGUGAGCAGCUUGUUAAAUGUUCACCCAUUUCUAAACGAGGACAAAACGAAAGAGGUAUUGAAGAUGCUAAAAAUUAAUUAUGAUGAGUAUGUCGUUGUUCAGUACAACUACCCGGAGGGUAAAAAAAGCACCACAGAUAGUGUUCCGAUUAAUAAAAGGAUAAAAAUACUACACCUGUUUAUGUACUUCCUCGAUUUAAGCAAAAUGGUUGCCCCCUUUUUUUUCACCUAUCUAAGUAAAAGAACGACGAGCGAAAUGCACAGGAAGAAAUUUCUACAACUGGCAGACACAAAUCAAAUUGCAGAUUAUUUUUCCUACAUCUAUCAAGACAAAAGAUCCUACUACGACAUUUUCUGCGAUUUUUACAGUUACAUACAAGUCGAUGUGGCGUUCCUGAUUAAUACUCUUCCGAGCACUCAACAAAGAUCCUAUUCGAUAAUGAACCCCAUAGGAUACUACAACUACGUAAAAAUAAAAUUUAACCCCUACCAGUUGUACCUGCAUGCAGUAAACCCCUUUUUUUCAUCCCUGUUGUGCUUUUUAAAAAUCCAUUUUGGAGCAGGAAAUAUUUUGGCUCAAUACACAGAGGAAAUGUGGACGAGGCGUACUUCAACAUUUGUGAACUUCAUGAGGAACAAAUUAAGCAACCGAAGGAACAACCUAAUCGAGUUACUGGUUAGUCUCUACCAAGUGGAAAUAAACAAAAAUAAAAAGUUGGUGGGUCUCUGUUCAGAUUAUUUAGUUAACUCUAAAGAAGGAUCUUUUAUUUACGGGCAAAUUCAGGAUAGCUUAUUGUGGUUUAAUAAAAAUGUCCUCAAUUUAGGCUACCGAAUUGUUUAUAUUUCUACUGGUUCCUCGUUUAGUAGCUUCAUGGGGGUUAUCAGAUACCGCCACGAUUUGCACAUGAAGCGGAAAUCUACACGUACUGGAGGGAGCGAAAAGGAGCAGGAUAGAAUCGCCGCUCCGCUUGUGAAAGAUUUUAUAUUCCUUGGACUUCGCAACAGGUUGCAUGACUUCUACUUCGAAGACGUCCUUCGACAGGUUACCUAUUUCAACUACAUUUUUGUGGCCUUUUCGAGGGACCCCCAAGACAAUUUUUCCUUUCUUAACAGGGAGGUGGAACUGAGUUACGAGCCUAAUGUUAUUAACGGUGACACUGGCGAUCACCUACACAUCGACUACGAAAACGUAAAACAAGUGCUAAGCGAGAAGAAGAAAAAAAUAUACGUAACUGACAUCGUGCUGGCCAUGCAGGACUGCAUGUACGAGCUCCUAACACAGCGGAAUACGAUAUUCCUCGUGUCGGGAAAAUCCCGCCCCUUCGCGCAGAACCUGAUCAAGGCCUUUGGGAACAUCAUUAAGCAGAAGGAGCCACACAGAACGGAGGAGAACAUUAAUUCCUUUUUAAAAAAAAAAGUCGAUGAUUUUUCAAUAAUAGUUGAAUCAUGGUACUAA